AUGACCGAGGCGGGGCUCAGCGGGUCGGCCCUCACCUCUUCAAACCUUCGGGUUCUGGAGGAAUCCGCCGACACCACUGCCGCUACCACUACCAGGCAGUCUCCGCCGCCGCUUCCGGACCAGUCCACCGUGGCUUCCGGGGAGCAAGGCAGCCACUUCUCCACCGGAUUUAGCAUAGACGACGAUGACAGCAGCGACUCGGCCUUGGGUGAUGUCGACGGGCGCCAAUCCACCCAGUCCGUGAGAGCCAGCAUCUACGAGUACAUCGAAGAGCACGGCAGGACCUUCCACCGCUACAAGCAGGGCAAGUAUUGGCUCCCCAACGACGAGGUCGAGCAGGAGCGCCUCGACCUGCAGCAUGCCAUUUUCACCAUGCGUCUCGAUGACCGCCUCGGCCUCGCCCCUAUUGAGAGCCCGCAGUCCGUUCUCGACGUGGGCACCGGCACUGGCAUCUGGGCCAUCGACUGCGCGAUCAAGCACCCCUCGGCCAACGUGGUCGGCACAGACCUCAGUCCCAUCCAGCCCGAGUACGUGCCGCCCAACUGCCGCUUUGAAAUUGACGAUGCCGAGGACGAGUGGGUCUUCUCGGAGACGUUCGACUACAUCCACAUGCGCAUGAUGUUCCACUGCUUCAAGGAUCACCAGGCCGUCAUCCGCUCUGCCCUCGGCCACCUGCGCCCCGGCGGCUACAUCGAGUUUCAAGACUGGAGCUGCGUGCUGCAGUCAAGCGACGAGAGCAUCCGCGACACGCCGCUUGAGAGGUGGUCGCGCCUGUUUGUGGAGGCCGGCGGCCGCCUCGGCCGCGACAUGCUCGCGCCCAAGAAGUUCAAGCAGUGGCUACUCGACGCGGGCUAUGUUGACGUGACUGAAACGAAGCUCGCCGUGCCUGGAAACCCCUGGCCUAAGGGCCGAGAGAACAAGCGCAUGGGGUACCUGCAGAUGACCAACUUCCUCGACGGGCUCCACGGCUCCACCAUGACGCUGUUCACAAAGGGGCUUGGCUGGCCGCCUGAAGAGGUCGAGCUGUUUCUUAUCGACAUGAGAAAUGCCAUCAAAAACUCGAGCAUACAUUUUUACUGGACCACAUAUGUUGUCUAUGGCCGUAAGCCACCGCUCUAG